CUUUCUCUUUCAAUAUAGACGAGCAAGUGCUGCACGUGUGGUUUCUUAAUCUUCUCGGGUUAUUAUUCUCUUGUUUAAGUGCCCAACAGGUGCAUCUCACACUGUACUGAGUACUGGGACCAGAUAUGUUGAAAUGCUACCAAAACAACUACAUUGCCUGCUUUUUGUAGUAAUAGCUGGUGGGAUAAUUAUUUUCUGGUUGGUCUCUACACCUGCAUCUCUCCGUUUGCAGACCAAGCAAGCCAUGCUUAUGGAACCAGUGAGGACUGACGUGCUGACUGUAACCCCAUGGCUGGCUCCUAUUGUCUGGGAGGGGACCUUUGAUCCCCAGGUCAUAGAUGAGGCCUUCAGGUCCUACAACCUCACCAUUGCCACCACUGUGUUCGCUGUGGGAAAAUAUACUCGUUUUCUCCGUGACUUCUUAGAAUCAGCUGAGAAGCACUUCAUGGUGGGGCUGAAUGUGCAGUACUACGUGUUUACUGAUAUGCCAAGUCACGUUCCUAUCACCGUGACUCUGGGUGUCGGCAGACGACUCAACGUCGUGAAGGUGCCGAAGUUUGACCGCUGGCAGGAGAUAUCCCUCCGCCGCAUGGAACUCAUCCAGACUGCUAUAGAGGAAUACAUCCACCAGAGGGCGAACUACAUCUUCUGUCUUGACGUAGACAUGAUCUUCCAUGGCCGUGUGGGACCAGAGGCUCUGGGGAAACUGGUGGCUGCUAUACACCCCUGGUUCUACUGGGUACCCCGGAAUGAGUACCCCUAUGAGCGGAGGACAAUCUCCAAAGCCUACAUCCCCCAAGACCAUGGAGACUUCUACUACCAGGCCAACAUAUUUGGAGGAGCAGUGGAGGAUGUUCACAGACUGACCAAGACAUGUAGGGAACACCUGGAGAUGGAUAAGUCUGCUGGAGUGGAGGCUGUUUGGCAAGAGGAGAGUCAUCUGAACUGGUACCUGUGGAAGAACAAGCCCACCAAGCUGCUGUCACCUGAGUACGUCUGGGAUGACCUUAGAGGACAGGGCGCCAAGGAGAUUAAACUGGUCCGCUUCUCCUCCGUCAUCAAGAACAAGGCAGAGGUCAGGGAGAACCCUUGAGGGGAGAAGAGGAUGAGAAGAGAAGGAAAAGAGUGUACUUGUUUUUAUCAGAGCUGUGUGAUGUAGUGGAGGAAAAGACAAACCCCUAAUCAGAUUGUGCCUUCACCAUAGCGAUAUGGUGAAAACAAGUUGAAUUUGAUCAACAAAAAGGUUUGUCUUUACAAUAAAUUGACAUGUAUUGUAAAAAAAGUAUUAGGAUAAUAUCCUGCUGUUUCAGCCUCUUAAUAUAAUACCUGGCAUGCUGUCAUCCUUCAAUGCAGUUCUUUAAUGUGUUGCUAUCUCUAUGUUCUGGUUACAUCCGAAAUAGACCUCUAGAACUCUUGAUACAAAUGAGCGCACUUUAGGGACAAAUGUGACACACAAACCUUAAAGUGAAGAAGUGCCAGCAUGGACGAAUGCACUUCCUUCUCAAUUGUCGAGUCCGGAGCAGCUAGAUAAACAGGGCCGUCAUCUCUUCAAAAGCCGUCUGAUAGACUAGGCUCUGCCAUAAAGUGACUUUGGUACUGGUGAAAUAUACACAAGACAACACUGACCCUGGUCUGGCAAUGACGCGGCUAAACGUGAAGCAACGUCUUUAUGAUCUAUCGAACUAGUUGUCUUUUUCACCUUGUGUAUGGAAACAGUAGAAAGUUGCAGUCUAUGAUACAUUUGUUUCAGUUUUUCAGACCUGGUAAUUCCUUCUCAGCAACCUCAAACAAGACACCCCUAUUCUGGGUAAGUGUGUCCCAAAUUUUUUAUGAUACAUAAAAUUCUUCCUCUAGAUCCAAGUCUUUUUCAUAUUCAAAGCACUUGUAAACCAGUUUAAACAUACACUGCAACAUUUUUAGAGCACCUUGAGGUAGUGAACUGAAGGAAACUCAAACGUGAGCAUUGCGUAACUCACUGGCUGCAAUAUCUGUCUUGAUGCAUCGUCAGUAGUGUUCUUUAUUGUAAAUAACGGCAGGAAUAUUAUGAUUAAAAUAUGAUGUAGAGCAGUCGAAAACAAAUAUUAAGAUGAUGUCAGACAACAGUGUUGGAGAUUUAUGUUGAUUUGUAUUUUGAAUGUUUAUAUUGUGUACUAUUGAAUGUAUGCAGACUAUACAGCCAUAACAUUUUGACCACUGACAGGUGAAAUGAAUAACACUGAUGUUGUUAUCAUGACACCUGUCAGUGG